UGGGUCGUCCGCCAAAAAUAUUUUCGUCUUUCAAAAACUCUCUCUCUCUCUCUGACUGACUCUGAGGUUGUUCUUCGUCAAUGGCGACGGCGGGAUCAUCAAGCUACAGUGUCUCAACAGAUCAUCAAGUUCCUUCAUCUCUCGCGAAUCUAGGGAAUGGUGCUGGUGUUUGUAUGAUGAGCAAGGCGUGGAAAGAUGAACAAGAACCUUCACUCAUCAGUUUCGUAUCUUCGUUUCUUCGCUCUAACUCUUUCCGUCUUAACUUUGUCUCCAUUUCCCCUGAUCUGAUCUUCAACUGUGGGGGUGUUUCUGUUGCUUUUGUUUUUGUGACAAAGUGGGAUUGUUCCAAUGUUGCCACCAUCUUCGGCAGAGUAAAGAGGCUGAAAGGACAGUUUUCGCAACUUUAUGUUGUUGCCACACUUUCAACUACAGAGCAGAGUGAUUCUUUCAUGCGAUCUUACUUCGAAUAUGAGAUGGAGUUUGGGAAACCUGCAUUUAUACAAGUCACUGAUGCUGAGAUGGGAUUCGAGAAGAUUGUUAAGAUUGCUCACUCUCGUGGGGUGUGUAAGCAGCAGAAGGUGGCGUCUAAACUCAAGGUUGAGAGAAAGCGAACAGUGCAGGAUACAGACAUUUUCAUCAGAGUUGUAACAUCAAUACCCAACAUUAACAAACAUGAUGCAAACACGCUAUACCAAGCUAUAGGUUCAAUCGAAGCAAUCGCUAAAGCAUCCAAAGAAGACAUUUUAGCAAACAAAGAUCUCUCCUCUGAAAAGGCCGAGACACUCACCAGUUUCGAAAGGUACCACUCAAAGACUCUCUUCGUAGUCCUUUGCUAUGGCUAUAUAAUAAACACAGCUAUAGGAGUCAGUACCAGGCUUAUGGGUUCCGGGUUUCGUUGAUCUUAAGCAAAAACGACAUGCUAACAAAACCCAUGUGGAAUAGCUUUGCAUAUCUUAGGUGGGGUUUUUGUGUUCUCACUUAUGUUAUCCGGAUCGAAAAUCUCAUCUACACAACACAUGUUUUCUCACGUAAGAGAGAUUUUUCCCGCAAUUUGUGUCAAUCAUUGUAAAAUAAAUUACAUGGUGUGUUUUGAAUUUUGAGGAAUUUACCAUUCCUACUUGCAAAUUGAUGCAUUAACGUGUUACGAAUUUCUUUCUAAAAAGUAUCUAUAUUAAGAUAUAUUUUGUUAAAAAAAAUGUAGAUUUGGUAACUCUUAACACCGAAACACUUCAACUGUACCCAAAUGGCCAUAUUGCCAAUUGGUUACCUAAAAUAAUUAAGUUGUAGAUAUCCCUGUCAUCAAUUUGAUCGUAAAGUUACCUGUAGAUCUCUGCUGUCUCUGUCACAUUCUUAUUUAUGGUUAAAGAUAAAUGUUGUGGACAACUUUAACAAAGGAAAAAUAACCAAAAAUGUUGAUUGGACAACGUUACUAUCCAAUUUUUAGCGUGUUAUAUCAUUAUCGAUCAGUAAUUAGUUAGACAAUUGUUAACGAAGAAGGACAGAAUAAUUAGAUUAUCUUAUCUUAAACAGUAGAAAAUUAUCCUAAAUUACUAAUUUACUCCCUGUUUUGCCAUAAUCCUAUAGGUAGAUUUGGUAGUUAAUUCAUUUUACAACAAAAAAGGACUUAUCUUUAUUACUAUUUCCUUUUUAAAUAAUUAAAAAAAUCCGUUGUGAAAAGAGACAAAAACAAAAAAAAAGGUUCACGAUCAAUGCGUAACUGAAAAUCGAGGAAUACAAAAGCUAUCAUAUCUCUCGUCUACACACACAAACUUAGAAGGAUCAUCAUCGUUGUCAUCAUCAUCACUG